AUGAAGAGUGAGAUUGUUGAUGGUUGUGUAGCUGCAUGUCACAUUGCAUAUGCGUGCUCUGAAGUGGCUUUUAUAUAUCCUAUAACUCCUUCUAGCUCCAUAUCAGAGGCUGCAGACUCUUGGAUGGUUAAAGGUAAAAAGAAUUUAUUUGAUCAGGUAGUGUCUGUAGUAGAGAUGCAGAGCGAAAUGGGCUCUGCAGGCGCAUUACAUGGGUCUCUAUGUGUUGGUUGUGUUACCACUACAUUUACUGCCUCUCAAGGUUUAUUACUAAUGAUUCCAAACAUGUAUAAGAUUGCUGGUGAACUUUGGCCUUGUGUUUUUCAUGUUACUGCUAGGGCACUAGCUACUUCUUCUUUAUCUAUUUUUGGGGAUCAUAAUGACAUUAUGGCUGCACGUCAGACAGGUUGGGCAUUUUUAGGUGCAAUGACUGUUCAAGAAGUGAUGGAUUUAGCUCUUGUUGCACAUAUUAGUACUUUGGAAUCAAGCAUGCCAUUUGUACACUUUUUUGAUGGAUUUAGAACAUCUCAUGAGCUUCAAAAAAUUGAAAUGAUUGAUUAUGAUACUAUAAAGGCUCUUUAUCCAUACGAUAAACUACGAGCUUUUAGAUCUCGUGCACUAAACCCAACUCAUCCAGUUCUCCGUGGUACUGCAACUAGUUCUGAUGUUUAUUUCCAAACAGUUGAAUCAAGAAAUGCAUAUUAUGAUGCCGUACCUACUAUAGUUCAAGAUGUAAUGAACAAAGUUGCAAAAUAUACUGGCAGACAAUAUAAUUUAUUUGACUAUUAUGGCUAUAAAGAAGCAGAGUAUGUUAUUGUUGUAAUGGGAUCUGGGGGGUUAACUAUUGAGGAGAUGAUCGAAUAUCUUAUUAAAGAAUCUAAUGAAAAAGUUGGAAUGAUAAAAGUUAGAUUAUUUAGACCUUGGUCACCUGAUACCUUUGCAAAGGUUUUACCAACAACAGUUAGAAGAAUCACUGUUUUGGAAAGAUGUAAGGAAAGUGGUGCACUAGGUGAGCCUCUAUACUUAGAUGUAAGUACAACUAUUAUGAGGAUUAUGCAAUCAGAUAGCAGAUAUAAAAAUAUCUCAGUUAUUGGUGGGAGGUAUGGUUUGGCGAGCAAGGAGUUUACACCUGGAAUGGCACUUUCUAUAUGGGAGAAUAUGAGGUCAGAGAGUCCAAUUCAGAACUUUUCAGUGGGUAUUAAUGAUGAUGUUACGUUUAAAUCUUUACAAAUAAGGCAACCUAAACUAGAUUUACUUACAGAUGAAACACGUCAGUGUAUGUUUUGGGGUUUGGGAUCAGAUGGCACUGUUUCUGCAAAUAAAAAUGCGAUAAAAAUUAUUGGGGAAUCAACAAAUUUAUUUGUACAGGGUUACUUUGCUUAUGAUGCUAAAAAAGCUGGUGGUGCUACAAUGAGCCAUUUAAGAUUUGGACCUAAGCCUAUUAAAUCACCAUACUUACUCCAACGUUGUGAUUAUAUUGCUGUUCAUCAUCCAUCUUAUAUAUACAAAUUUGAUGUUUUGGAAAAUAUCAAAGAAAAUGGGAUAUUUGUUUUGAAUUGUUCAUGGAAAUCUGUUGAUAAGAUUAGUGAAGAACUACCUGCCAGAAUUAAAUCAAUUAUUGCUAGAAAUAAUAUUAGGAUGUAUGUUGUUGAUGCUCAAGAUGUUGCAAUUAGAGCAAAUCUUGGUAGGAGAAUUAACAACAUACUUAUGGUAGCUUUCUUUCGCUUAGCUAAUAUAAUACCUUUUGAAGAGGCUAUUAAUUUGAUUAAAGAUGCAAUACAGAAGUCUUAUAGCAAAAAGGGAGAAGCUGUUAUUAAAUCAAACUGGAGGGCUGUAGAUCUUGCCUUGGAGUCUUUAAUAGAAGUUAAAUAUAACCGGGAUGCUUGGUUAUCUAGCUUUUCAAAUCAGAUAGUUGGUAAUGGUUAUGAAAUUUCUAAAGGUAUAAUUGAAGAAUAUCCUUAUAGUAAGACAACUAGUGAAACAUCAACAUGUGAAUCUCCAUUUUCAAAGAAGCAAAUUCAAAUAUCAAUAAAUGAAAAACCAGAUCUAAAUAAGUUUGUAUCAGAUGUGUUAGAGCCAGUUAAUGCUUUAAAAGGUGAUAACUUGCCUGUAUCAGUUUUUGACCCUAGUGGUGUUGUGCCUUUAGGUACUACAGCAUUCGAAAAACGUGGAAUUGCUAUAUCUAUACCAAUAGUUGAUAUGAACAAGUGCACACAAUGCAAUUAUUGCUCCAUUGUUUGUCCUCAUGCCGCUAUCAGACCAUUUUUAUUAGAGGAAGUGGAAUUUGAAGAAGCUCCUAAAUCUAUGCAUAUAUUAAGAGCAAAGGGUGGUGCGGAAUUUUCAUCUUAUUAUUAUCGUAUACAAGUUGCACCUUUAGAUUGCACAGGUUGUGAGCUAUGUGUACAUGCUUGUCCAGACGAUGCACUACAUAUGGAACCAUUACAAAUGGUUCGAAACCAGGAAAUACCUCACUGGAAUUACUUAGUUAAAUUACCCAACCACGGUUAUAAAUUUGACAAGAGUACAGUUAAAGGAUCACAAUUUCAAAAGCCAUUAUUAGAAUUUUCUGCAGCAUGUGAAGGUUGUGGUGAAACACCUUAUAUUAAGUUACUGACACAAUUGUUUGGCGAGAGAAUGGUAAUUGCUAAUGCAACGGGUUGCUCAUCUAUAUGGGGUGCAUCAUUUCCAUCUGUACCAUAUACCGUCACUGACAAAGGGUAUGGACCUGCAUGGGGUAACUCUCUCUUUGAAGAUAAUGCUGAAUACGGCCUGGGUAUGGUAGUAGGCUAUAGACAAAGAAGAACAAGGAUAGAAGCAUUAAUCAAGGAGUUUUUAAAUAAAUCUGACGACCAGAAACUUAAAAAUAUACAUGAAAAGAGUGCAAUUAAAGAUGUUUAUCUAAAAUUUGAAGAUUACUUAAGAUCAUGGCUUAAGAAUAUGAAUGAAGGGGAUGUAUGUCAAUAUUUAUAUGAGAAGAUAACUACAACUAUUGAGGAGAAUUUGGAAUGUAAUAAAUUUGAUACCUUAUUAUCAGAUGAGCAUUUAGAAAUGCUGAGGAGAAUUUAUCAGGAUAGAGAUUUAUUUCCCAAAAUAAGCCAUUGGAUUGUAGGUGGAGAUGGUUGGGCAUAUGAUAUUGGAUAUGCAGGGCUAGAUCAUGUUCUAGCAUAUGGUGAAGAUGUUAAUAUUUUAAUUUUGGAUACAGAGGUCUAUUCCAAUACUGGAGGUCAGACAUCAAAGAGUACACCAUUUGGUGCUGUAGCAAAAUUUUCACAAGGUGGGAAUUUGAGACAAAAAAAGGACUUGGGAUUAAUUGCAAUGGAGUAUGGAUCGGUAUAUGUAGCUUCUAUUGCAUUAGGAGCGAAUUAUCAACAGACAAUCCGUUCAUUAAUGGAAGCAGAGCGUUAUCCUGGCACAUCUUUGAUUAUUGCAUAUUCAACUUGCAUUGAACAUGGAUAUGAUAAGUAUACAUUGCAACAAGAAAGUGUAAAACUGGCUGUAGAAAGUGGUUAUUGGCCAUUGUAUCGCUUCAAUCCACAACUUUUAAAGUUCGAUGAAAUAAACAACACAAUAGUAACAUUGUCAACUGGUUUUACGUUAGAUUCUAAAAAGAUCAAAGCAGAUAUUAGUCAAUUUUUAAAACGUGAAAAUCGUUUUUUACAAUUAUUUCGUAGUAAUCCAGAAUUAGCAUCUAUUACUCAGAGUAGAUUAAAGAUUUAUUCAGAUAGACGCUUCCAGCAUAUGAAGAACCUUUCUGAAAAUUUAUCUGUAACUUCUUUAAAAGAUCAAGUUAAAAAACUCAAAGACAAACUAUUAGCUCUACAGAAUGGUGAAGCUGGAGGGGGUGAUCUUAAUUUACAGUUUGAAAGAAAUAUGCACAUACUGUAUGGGACAGAAACAGGAAAUUCAGAAGAUGUUGCUUUGUAUAUACAGGCAGAAUUGACAUCUAGAGGGUAUACAAGCACCGUAUGUAAUUUAGAUGAUAUAGAUAUUGAUGAGUUCUUAGAUCCAUCCCAAUAUUCUUCAUUUAUUCUAGUAACAAGUACUGCUGGUCAAGGUGAAUUCCCGGGUUCUUCAAAAAUCUUAUAUGAAUCAUUAGAAAGGCGUUAUAUAGAAUUAUUAUCAAAUGGUGAAGAUGUUAAAUUUCUUUGUAAUUUUAUGCAAUAUGGAGUUUUUGGUUUAGGUGAUUCUACAUAUGUGUACUUCAAUGAGGCUGCAAAAAAGUGGGACAAACUACUAAGUGACUGUGGGGCAGUUAGAAUUGGAAGGAUGGGACUAGGGGAUGAUCAAUCUGAUGAAAAAUAUGAAACUGAUUUGAUAGAAUGGUUGCCUGAUUAUCUACAGUUAGUUAAUGCACCAGAACCUAGUAAUACUGACGAUCAGCCUAAAGACCCAUUAUAUAACGUCCAGGUAAUUGAAAAUAUAUAUCGCAAUGAUCAAUUAAAUAUUCAAACAGGAACCUUGCAUGCAAUUAAUUAUGAAGGAAAUUGUGAUAUUCCUUAUACUCCUAUAUUGCCUCCUAACUCAAUACUAUUACCAUUAAUAGAGAAUACUCGUAUUACAUCAUUGGAUCAUGAUAGGGAUGUUAGACAUUUAAUAUUUGAUCUAAGUGAUGAUAGUUUACAUAAAAAUAACUUGCGCUACAAUUUGGGUGAUAGCCUUGCAUUGUAUGCUCAAAAUGACUUUGAAGAGGCAAAGAAAGCAUGUGAAUUUUUUGGUUUUAAUCCAUAUAGUAUUAUUGAGAUUAACUUAAAUCAGAUAGAAACGAACAAGAAUAUUAGGGUAAAUCAGAGAUAUCUAUCUAUAUUUGGAAUGAAGAUGACUAUUCUGCAAUUAUUUGUAGAGUGUUUAGAUUUAUGGGGAAAGCCAGGUCGUAGAUUUUAUCAUGAAUUCUACCGAUAUUGUAGUGGAUCAGAAAAGGAGCAUGCCAAGAAGUGGUCAAGAAAUGAAGGAAAAUCAUUGAUUCAAGAAUUUCAGAGUGAAACAAAGACAUUUAUAGAUAUGUUCUAUCUGUAUCCAUCUGCAAAACCAUCUUUGAGUCAAUUACUUGAUAUUGUACCACUUAUUAAACCAAGAUAUUACUCAAUUGCAUCAUCAUGUAAAUAUGUUAAUAAUUCAAAGAUAGAGUUAUGUGUUGGAAUAGUUGAUUGGAAUACAUCUUCAGGUAUUUUAAAAUAUGGUCAAUGUACAGGUUUUAUUAACAGAUUACCAAAAUUGAUCUCAAAAGAGUCUAAUGAAGGUAUUAUGAGUGAUACUUCAAAUUUUGAUAUUGUACCAGUUUUACCUUGCUCCUUAAAAUCUAGUGCAUUUAAUUUACCGAAAGAUAAUAUGUCUCCUAUAAUAAUGGCAUGUAUGGGUACAGGAUUAGCACCAUUUAGAGCUUUCAUCCAAUACAAAUAUUAUGUGAAGACUGUAUUAAAACAGGAAAUAGGCCCAGUUAUCUUGUACUUUGGAUGCCGUUAUAAGAAUAAGGACUAUCUUUAUAGAGAAGAACUUGAGCAAUAUGUAAAUGAUGGGAUAAUCACAUCUCUGAACGUUGCAUUUUCUAGAGAUCCUAUAGAAGAUAAGAAACAGAAACUUUGUAAGGACAGCCGUAUCAGGUAUAGACAAAAGGUGUAUGUUCAACGCAUUAUGGAAGAAAAUAGUAGCGAAUUACACGAGAACUUGAUAGAUAAAGAAGGAUACUUCUACUUAUGUGGUACCAAACAGGUACCAAUUGACAUUAGAAAGGCAAUAGUAAAUAUUAUUAUGAGUCAAGAUAGUAAUGCUACAGAAGAAAGUGCCAAUGAAAUACUCAAUGGCUUACAAAUAAAAGGCAGGUAUAAUAUUGAGGCCUGGUCAUAG